AUGGCCACUUCUGGAAAAGUUAUCAGAUGCGGAGCUGCUGUUGCCUGGGCCGUGGGCAAACCACCCUCUGUUGAGGAGAUGGAGGUUGCACCUCCAAAGGCGGGUGAAGUCCAUGUCAAGAUUGUGGCCACUGGCAUCUGUUGCACAGAUGAACACCUUUUGGAAGGUUGCCUUCCCAAUGCAGAUUUCCCAGUUAUCCCAGGCCAUGAAGGAGCUGGGAUUGUGAAAAGUGUUGGAGAAGGGGUGACCUCUGUGAAACCAGGUGACAAAGUCAUCCCCCUUUGCCUUCCACAGUGCGGGGAAUGCAGCUUCUGCCUGAAUCCCGAAUCCAACUACUGCCUGGAGAACUGUGUCUCUGAACCACAAAACCUGCUGCCUGACAAGACCAGCCAGUUCACUUGCAAAGGGAAACGGAUCCACCACUUCCUGUGGGUCAGCACCUUUGCAGAAUACACUGUGAUCCCGGAGUAUGCCGUUGCCAAGAUAGAUGCUGCUGCACCUCUGGACAAAGUCUGCUUGCUCGGCUGUGGGUUUUCCACAUGCUAUGGGACUGCCAUCAACACCACCAAGGUUGGUAUUCAAGCGUAAAAACAGGCUCCCACCUGCACCGUCUUUGGCAUCGGAGGAGUUGGCCUCUCUUUUGUCAUGGGCUGCAAGGCGGCUGGAGCCUCCUGCAUCAUUGCUGUUGAUAUCAACAAGGACAAGUUUGCCAGGGCCAAGGAGCUGGGAGCCACCAACAGCAUCAGUCCUCGGGACUUCAAGAAGCCCAUUGAGGAGGUGCUCACUGAGAUGACUGGCUAUGGCGUGGACUACUCCUUUGAGGUCAUCGGGCAUGCAGAUACCAUGACUGCUGCCCUGGCUUCCUGCAAUAUGAACCCUGGCAUCUGCGUGAUGGUUGGGGUACCAGCUUCUGGUUCAGCGAUUUCCGUUGAUCCUAUGCUUCUGCUGUCUGGGCAUACAUGGAAGGGGACUCUGGUCGGAGGUUGGAAGAUGAGACAUUUUAUCCCCAAAUUAGUUUCCAGCUAUUUGGAGAAGAAAUUCAACUCAGACUUGCUGAUCACACACACGCUACUGAUUGCUAAAGUGAACAAGGGAUUUGAGUUGUUAUGUGCAGGAAAAAGUAUUCGCAGCGUCCUGCUCUUUUGA